AUGAAGCAGGCGUUCGUGGAUCAAACCACCUCGGUGGCUGUUAAAGAUACCGAGGUUCCAGUUCCCAAUGCCGGGCAGGUGGUCAUCCGCGUCGUUGUAUCUGGCACAAACCCCAAGGACUGGAAAGUGCCCGCAUGGUUCGCUGACAAGGGUCCCACGAACCAAGGAGACGAUAUCGCCGGAUACAUCGAGGCUGUCGGCGACGAUGUCGUCGGUUUCAAAAAGGGCGACAAAGUGGCCGCGUUCCACGAAAUGAGGACCCCCUUCGGAAGCUAUGGUGAAUACGCCAUUGCCUACGCCUACACCACCUUCCAUAUCCCCGAGAAGACCAGCUUUGAAGAGGCCGCAACGCUUCCCUUGGCGUAUAUGACAGCCGCGCUGGGCAACUACCAAGCGCUGAACCUGCCGCUGCCCUGGAACCCGACCAGCGAGCGCCUGCCACUUGUCGUGUACGGCGGCGCAACCGCAGUCGGUGCCUUUGCGAUCAAGCUGGCCAAGAUCUCCAACAUCCACCCCAUCAUCGCAGUCGCGGGCCGCGGGAGCGCCUUCGUCGAGUCGUUGCUCGACCGCUCCAAGGGCGACACCAUCGUCGACUACCGGGAGGGCGACGAAGCCGUCCAAGCCAAGAUCAAGGCAGCAGCCGGUGGCCCAGUAUAUCAUGCGUUCGAUGCGGUGUCCGAGAAAGGCAGCUAUCAGAAUCUCAGCGCCGCCCUCUCCACGCCGGCGAAAAUUGCCGUCGUCCUCCCCGUUGUUGACUAUCAGCCGCCGAGUGGGGUCACUAUUACCCGGGUCAUGGUUGGAACUGUCCACGAGCCCCCGGCGGAAGGGAAGACCAUCGGUGACCGGGAGUUUGGGGCUGCUUUCUUCCAGCUCUUGGGCCGUGGGCUGGCACAGGGUUGGUUUUCGGGACACCCGUACGAAGUACGCCCCGGUGGUCUGCAUGGGCUUCAGGGCGCGUUGCGCGACUUGAAGGAUGGAAAAGCCUCGGCUGUGAAGUAUGUCGUUCGCAUUGCGGAGACGGAGGGAGUGUCGAAGGCGUGA